AUGGUUUCUUUUCUCUUCCUACAGUCCUCCACUUCUAAUCUUGGUGAAAGUAUUAAUGCUGAAAAUCUCCUCAAGUUCACUUUGCGACCUCAUACUAAUCUCGGGAUAGACCGAAGUUGUAUCCUUACUCAAGUGACAUCCUCACAAGUAGUGAAUGAGCUCCUCUCAGAAAUUCCUGAGCUAAAAGAUAAAACCGAAGAAAUCAAGCAGUUGUGGCUGACCGAGAGCAACACUGUCCUUCCAAGCUGUCUUGAAAAAAUUAGACGAGACGACAUGGAGACUGCAUGUUUUUUUAGGCACGGGUUCAUCCCGGCCUUCAAAAUACCGAAACGUCAAUGCACUUUAUGUCGACCUAUUCUCUAA